UUUGUUUUUUUAGCUCUCAGUGCAAAAACUAUUUUGAAACAUCUUCCAGUAGAUUUGUGUCCUAAUCACUGGGUUAAUGUGUAACUUUGCGGACAAGCCGUGAUUUCAGAGGUUUUAAAAUCUGAUAGCAGCUCAAUGCAACUCAUUUCAGCUGGAGAUUCAACAGCACAUAUAGUGUCACGGUCCGGUCUGAGAUAUUUUGGCAAACUACCAAAUAAGAUGAAACUGUUUCUUCUAUUGCUCACCUGGUUUGCAAUGGGAACGGCCAACCGUGUGUAUAUCCAUCCCUUCUCCCUUCUUGACUCUGGAGAUGUAACCUGUGAAGUCACCAGCAGUAAAGACAAGUUUCCUUCAGAGACCACUCAUUCUCUGCCUGCCAUUCAAGACAGCACAGAGCCGGAUCCCCGACCUGCAAUCGAAGAACUAAAUAACCUCACCCAAUGGACUGCUGUGGUGGCCGAACUGCAGAACUCUCAGGGCCUGCGGAUGUAUCAGGCACUGAGCCGCAAGCAAGGGAACUCUAAUAUACUCUUCUCUCCCUACACUGCCUUUGGUACCCUGCUGACAUUGUACCUUGGAACCUCCAAGAGUACUGCCAGUGACUACCAGCAAUUCUUGGGACUCCUCUGGAAUACUGAGAAGUCUGGUUGUGUGAAAGUUAUAAAUGGACACAAGGUACUGCGUGCACUUAAAGCCAUUAGUUCAUUAAUCGACGGACCUAACGAUGAGCUCAAGACACUUGUUUGGACCUUCGUAAGCAGCGACGCCAACUUGUCCAAGGACUUUGUGCAUGGCAUUCAAGAGUUUUCAGAGGCCUCUUUUAUCCGAACAGUGAAUUUCUCCCAGCCAAAAGAUGCUGAGGCACAAGUAAACUCGUUUAUUCAGAAGACAUCCCACAGCAAGGUGGAGAACCUUUUUAAAGAUAUCAGCCUGUCAACAAACCUGCUGUUUGCAACCUCUGUGCAUUUUAAAGGGAACUGGAGAAAAGCGUUCCAACCUGAAAAGACAACUGUACAAGACUUCCGGAUUGAUGAGAAGUCCACUGUGAAAGUACCUCUCAUGACACACACUGGUGACUACAUGCACUUCAGUGAUCCUAAAAAGUUGUUCACUGUAGUCAAACUCGGCCUUGGCAAGCAGACCUACAUGCUAUUGGUGCUCCCUAGUGAAGAAGCCAAACUUCAAGACAUUGAAACUCAGCUACAGACAGACACCAUAUCUACAUGGCAUAAACAUCUAAAGGAGCAAUACCUGGAAUUGUCCCUGCCUAAAUUCUCAAUGACAGCUGUGACUGACCUGAGAUCACUGCUAUCUGAUAUGACGCUUGAUAAAUUGCUGCUGGGUUCUGAUGCCAACUUUCAGAGACUCAGCACAAAGAGCAAUUUCACUGUCGACCAGGUGAUCAACAAAGUGCUUUUUGAGAUGUCCGAGGAAGGAAAGGAGGUUCCGAACAAGUCUCUGGAUGAGCGAGUGCCUCUUAAAGUCACCAUGGACAGACCGUUCCUUUUUGCCAUUGUAGAGGGCAACACUAAUGCUAUACUCAUGCUGGGAAGGAUACUAAACCCAAACAUAUAAAGCACAGUUCAGUCCCAAAUAAUAUGUAAUAUUAUUGUAUUUUCAAGUCAUAUCUUCAUGUAACUAAGCAUAGUUUAUUAUAACAUAGCAAAUGUUUUCUAUAUUAAAGAUGUUUGAAGUUAGAAGUAAAUAAUAAAUAAUAUUAAAUAAUAACUGUCCUCACAACUGCAUAACAGCAGGUCCAUUACUUUCUUAAAAACAAAAAACAAACAAAAAAGUUCAUAUAUUUAUAUAUCUCAUCUAUUCUAAUGUCAUUACACAUUUCAUAGAAUUAAUUUCACAUAUUGUUGUUGGACCUUUGAUCAAAAGCUUGCGAGUUCAGAUCUUAGCUGUUCAGGAACUUUGAUAACCCUCAACUUUUAAUGAGCUGAGAAUAAAGAAUAAGAAUAAAUAGGAAAUUUGGUAUAAGGGCAUCUGCCAAAUGUCAUAAAUGUCAAUGUAAUCGUGAAUUCCAGCAUUAAUAAACCAUAAGAAUUA